CCUUCUCGUUUGCCGGAACUAUACGACUUUCAUCUUCACACACACACUUCAGAGAGUGGAAAACCCUUCUCUCUUUCUCUGCGAAGCAACAAGUAACAACCAUGGGAGAUGGAAGCAGCAGCAGCAGCAGCAACGGUGAUGUUCUGAUGCUGGAAGCUCCGCCUUCUUACGGUAGGUCAAGCAAUUCCGAUGCCGAAAUAAUCGACGCAUUGCCUUACAUCGAUGACGACUACAGUCACGAGAGUGUCAAGAAAGAAGUCGACCGUCUCGUUGAGGAAGAGAUGCGCCGCAGCUCCAAAAAACCUUCUGAUUUCCUCAAAGAUUUUCCUCCUCUUCCCACUUUCAAUUUCGAGGAGUACCCUAUGAUUGGUAGAGAGUAUGAGCGUGUAAGAGCUGCUGGUAAGCCUCAUUCGAUUGACAGGGGGAGAUAUGAAUUACAAUUACCUCCGCCGAAUAAAAUGAACGAUGAAACUGCUUGGAAACUAUCUCUUCAAACUGCUCAACGUCUACUUCAAUAUCAAACUUUGAGGAUGGAAAAUUUGGAUUUGUUGUUGAAAUAUGGUCCUCAUGCUUGGAAACAACAUAACCAACGAUUGGAAGUUUACUUGUCAAGAAUGCAGAAAUUAGCUCAGGAACAAAAUGAUAAGAUUGAAAAAGUUAACCGUGAAAGGAAAUAUCAUCAGCAAAACACUGCAUAUGAGCUUAAUGCUUUGUCCAUGCAAUGGAACGAGCUUUGUCAGAAAAAUAUAGACAUCAAAGUUGCGUGUGCUUCAGUUGAAACUCACCUAAAUGAACUGAGAAGAGAAGCAGCAGAAAGAGGCUGGAACUUAGAUGCUAUCACUGAAAAUGGGCAAUUGGCGAAUUCGGAAUCAUGAGAUUUGUAUCUGCUUAUCUAGUUUUGGAUCUGUAAUUUUGACUUUAAUUGUAUUGUACCUAUUGAUAUUUAGUUUAUUUAUAUCAUGAAAAUAUUCCCCACCUAAAUGUCAAAAUAUAAAACAGGUUGAAACCUAAUUUGUUGGUAACAAAACAUGAUUUGGUUAUUUUGGUUUAUUUUUGAAAUAACACAGGGAUGGUGAAAAUGUCA